AUGAACGAUCUUAUGACAAAAUCGUUCUCAAGUUACGUCGAAUUGAAGAAGCAAGCUCAUUUGAAUCUUAAUACGGAAAGGGAUUUGGAGAUGGGCCAACUUAACCGCACUGAUGAAGACAAUUUUUUCAACUUCUUCCCUGAAAUCGAGACAGUGAAGGCCAGUGAUAUUGAAGAGAUUACUAAUCUUUUGAUCGAUUUUCAAAAUAUGAAUGAAGAGACAAAAAUUACUCAUGGUCCCAAAGUUCUUCGUGACCUUAGAGAUGAAAUGGAUUUUGACAUGGUCUCUAUACUUCACAAAGUCAAGAUUGUCAAGGCAAAACUUAAAGCACUUGACAAAUCCAACAUGGCUAAUUGCAAAUUAUCAGUGGCAUAUUUUGAAGACACUGUGGUUGAUCGGAUGAGAGUGAACAUGACUAAUGGAUUAAGGUUGUAA